AUGGGUAGACUUCUCGGCCACGGAACAUUCGCUAAAGUUUACCUCGCAAGAAACGCGAAUACUGGAGAACACGUAGCGAUCAAAGUAAUCGACAAAGAGAAAGUUUUAAAAAGCGGUUUAAUCGCACACAUCAAACGCGAGAUCUCGAUUCUCCGUCGUGUUCGUCAUCCAAACAUCGUACAGCUAUUCGAAGUCAUGGCUACGAAAUCAAAAAUCUAUUUCGUUAUGGAAUACGUUAAAGGUGGUGAAUUGUUCAACAAAGUCGCUAAAGGAAGAUUAAAAGAAGAAAUCGCUCGUAAAUAUUUCCAGCAAUUGAUCUCCGCCGUGUCCUUCUGCCAUUUCCGUGGUGUUUAUCACCGUGAUUUGAAACCGGAGAAUCUUCUUUUAGACGAAAACGGAAACCUUAAAGUCUCUGACUUUGGUCUGAGUGCUGUCUCAGAUCAGAUCAGACAAGACGGGCUUUUUCAUACUUUUUGUGGGACCCCUGCUUACGUGGCACCGGAGGUUCUCGCGAGGAAAGGCUACGACGGUGCUAAAGUCGAUAUAUGGUCUUGUGGAGUGAUCUUGUUCGUUUUAAUGGCGGGGUUUCUUCCUUUUCAUGAUCGGAAUGUUAUGGCUAUGUAUAAGAAGAUUUACAGAGGAGAUUUCAGGUGCCCGAGGUGGUUUCCGGUUGAGAUUAACCGGUUAUUGAUUCUAAUGCUCGAGACUAAACCGGAGAGACGGUUUACGAUGCCGGAUAUUAUGGAGUUUAGUUGGUUUAAGAAAGGGUUUAAGCAUAUUAAGUUUUACGUUGAGGAUGAUAAUAAGCUUUGUAGUGUUGAUGAUGAUGACGAGAUCGAAUCGAUUGAGUCAGUUUCGGGGAGGUCUUCUACGGUUUCUGAAUCGGAUUUCGAGUCUUUUGACGCUAGGAGAAGAGCGGUUUCGAUGCCUAGGCCCGCGAGUUUGAAUGCUUUUGACCUCAUUUCGUUUUCGCCCGGUUUUGAUCUGUCCGGUUUGUUUAAUGAUGAUGAAGGCUCUAGGUUUAUUUCAGGAGCUCCGGUUAAUAAGAUCAUUUCGAAAUUGGAGGAAAUCGCGAGAAUUGUGAGCUUUACGGUGCGAAAGAAGGAUUGUAAAGUGAGUCUUGAAGGUUCAAGAGAAGGUAGUGUUAAAGGUCCAUUAACAAUUGCUGCUGAGAUAUUUGAAUUGACACCAGCUUUGGUUGUUGUUGAAGUGAAGAAGAAAGGAGGUGAUAAAAUGGAGUAUGAUGAGUUUUGUAAGAAAGAACUGAAACCGAAAUUGCAGGAUUUGAGUUCAGAAAACGGUGAAUCGGUUGCCGAAUCGUGGUCUUUGCCAUCUUCAGUUUCCGAAUCGCGGUCUUUGCCAUCUUAUUUACUUUCUGAUACUGAAUAG